GCCAAUAACUAGUAAUCCAUGGCUCCUCUAGCUCUGCUUCUGCUCUUUUCUUUUUUCCAUCCUCAAGUGCUAGUGGUUCUUGCAUUGCCCACUUCAUCUGCUAAUGAUUUUAGUUACAUGAAAUCUGUACACAAUGCAACUGAUCUCCCAGCAGAGGAAAAAUACGACUACAUAAUAGUAGGAGGAGGCACAGCAGGCUGCUCUUUGGCAUCAACUCUAUCAUCAAACUACUCAGUGCUUGUCCUUGAAAGGGGCAGCGUCCCUGCUGCACACCCUGAAGUGUUGAAAGCAGAGGGAUUCGGCACUACUCUCCGGCAGACAGACGACGGAGACACACCUGCUCAGAGAUUCACUUCGGAAGACGGCGUUGCGAAUGCAAGAGGCAGGAUCUUGGGCGGUACCAGCAUGAUCAAUGCCGGUUUGUACACCAGAGCCGAUGAAGUAUUCUAUCUGAAAUCAGGGAUUCCUUGGGACAGGAGUUUGGUUCGGAACGCUUAUAACUGGGUCGAAGAUGCAAUUGUUUUCCAGACCAAUUUGUCAACUUGGCAAUCCAUUAGCAAACAAGCUCUCCUGGAAGCUGGAGUUGUUCCGGAUAAUGGGUUUAGCUUGGAUCACAAGAUAGGAACCAAAGCUAGCGGUUCCAUCUUCGAUGAUGAAGGAAGGAGACAUGGAGCAGUUGAGCUUCUUAACAGAGGAGAACUUAAAAACCUGAGAAUUGCAGUUCAUGCCACAGUGGAGAGAAUCAUUAUCUCUUCCAAUAUUGCAUCACGUUUGGGGGCAACCGGAGUCAUAUAUACGGAUUCUAAGGGGUUGCAUCACCGGGCAAUGUUAAGAGAUAAAGGAGAGGUGAUAGUGAGUGCAGGAGCAAUAGGAAGCCCUCAACUUCUUCUUCUCAGUGGAGUUGGCCCAGUUUCUCACCUUUCUUCACUGCAAAUACCGGUCGUUCUACCAAAUCCUUACGUCGGUAAGUUUAUGGCCGACAAUCCUACUAACAGGGUCUACAUUAUCGCCCCAUUUCCACUGGACCAAUCCAACCUACAGGUAGUAGGAAUUACAAGCGAUUUUUACAUAGAAAACCUCUCAUAUAAAGUACCAUCUUCUUCGACCAACAUAAGUGUUGCAGGCGUCGGCGAGAAAAUCCCAGGGCCAAUUUCUUCUGGUUCCCUCUGGCUGAAAUCCUCAUCUAAUGCUACAAUCAGCCCAAAUGUCCGAUUCAACUACUUUGAUAAUCCCAUAGACCUUGCUCGUUGUGUUAAAGGAGUGAGGAAGAUAGGUGAUUUAUUGAACACCAAAACCAUGGAACAGUUUAAGGCUAAUAAUGGAGAAGGUUUUGUGUUCUUGGGAACUCCAUAUCCCAAGAACCCGGGAGAUGAUAAAUCUGUGGAAGCUUUUUGUAGAAGCACAUUAGAAACCAUUUGGCAUUAUCAUGGAGGAUGCUUGGUGGGAAAGGUUGUGGAUGGUGAUUUGCGGGUUAUUGGGAUUGACGCUCUUCGUGUUGUAGAUGGAUCCAUCUUCAAUAGGUCACCGGGGACUAACCCUCAGGCUACGGUUAUGAUGUUAGGAAGGUACGUUGGACUUAAGAUGGUGCGGGAAAGAAAUGGAGCAAAAUAGGCUGUUUUAUACGGCAAAAAAUGGCAAAAUAAGUUGAACGGUGAUUCAUUUUGUUUUCAGACGUAUUAAAAGUAGAAAGUUUUUUUUUUUUGAAAAUAAAAGUAAAAAAAAAAAAGAAAAAAAAGAAAAGUUAGACAGAUAAAUUAGAUAUAUACCUAAACGGUCAUAUUCUCUAUACCUCAGAUGUAUUGAGAAAAAGAGGAAAGUGUAACUGUUCUAUUUAAUAUUAUUUUGAUAUUUACUGUGGAAGUAUUAAUGUUAUGAUAAUAAAUUGUGGCUAAUAA